AUUAAAUAACCUCCUCUAUAGAAAAUAACUUUUUUGAUUACAGUUUUAUUUUCAAAACUAGCUAUAGUGCUGUUAUGGUAAAGUUUAAAAAAUGAAGAAGAAAUUAACUCUAACAAUUUUUUUAAAAACAAACGUGUUAUAAAAAUUUUUAUAACUUUAUAUACGAAAUAUUAAAAUAAAUUAUCUUUUUUUAUAUCUUUAAAAAAACAGUAGAGAUUUAAAAAAAAUGGAUGUAGAAGUUGUGCACGACAGUUCAACCUAUUCAACUUUUUGCAAUGAAAUAAUCAACGAUAUCGAAGAUCUAAUUUCUUCUCAAGAUCUAACUCCCAAAGAUAGAUAUAGUAGUCGUAAGAACGUUAAAGUUCAAGCAAAAAAGAAAAACAAAAUCGAAAACCAACCCCCGAUACCUAUAGGAGAAAAUAUACCAGGAACUCAAAAAAUUUAUAUUGGAACGUGGGGCUGCGCACACAACAGCUCGGAUUCGGAAUAUAUGGCUGGACAAUUGGCCGCUUACGGAUAUAAAUUAACUGAAGAUAAAAAAGAAGCUGAUUUAAUUUUAUUGAAUAGUUGUACAGUUAAAAGUCCAGCAGAGGAUCAUUUCAGAAAUGAAAUUGAAUCCGCUAAAAAACAAGGUAAACAUUUAGUAUUAGCAGGAUGUGUACCCCAAGGAGCUCCAAAAACGUCGUUUAUACAAGGGUUGAGUAUAAUAGGAGUUCAACAAAUAGACCGAGUCGUUGAAGUAGUCGAAGAAACCCUCAAAGGUAACACUGUUAAAUUAUUAGGUACAAAAAAGGAGAAUGGUAAAAAAAUUGGGGGAGCUUCUUUAUUACUUCCAAAAGUGAGGAGGAAUCCUCUGAUAGAAAUCAUAGCAAUCAACACAGGUUGUCUUAAUCAAUGCACUUAUUGUAAAACUAAACAUGCUAGGGGUGAUUUAGGCAGUUAUCCUCCGGAAGAAAUUAUUGCUAGGGCGAAACAAGCAUUCGAAGAAGGGGUUGUUGAGAUUUGGUUGACCUCAGAAGAUACUGGUACUUACGGGCGUGAUAUAGGUACGACUUUACCGGAACUUUUAUGGAAAUUGGUGGAAGUAAUACCGAAAGGUUGUAGGUUAAGGUUAGGUAUGACGAAUCCCCCGUAUAUUCUCGAACAUUUAGAAGAAAUAGCGAAGAUAAUGGGGGACGAUAGAGUUUACGCUUUCCUCCACGUACCGAUACAAUCGGCGAGCGACGCCGUUUUAAGUGAUAUGAAAAGGGAAUAUUGCAGAGAUGAUUUCGAAAACGUCGUGAAUUUCCUUAGGGAAAAGGUACCCGGUAUAACUAUAGCUACUGAUAUUAUUUGCGGAUUUCCGACGGAAACGGAACAAGAUUUCCGGGAAACUUUGGAUUUGUGCGGAAAAUAUAAAUUUCCCAGUUUGUUUAUUAAUCAGUUUUAUCCUCGACCGGGGACUCCCGCGGCUCUACUUGCAAGAGUACCAACUCGGGAAGUUAAACAGAGAACUAAAAGGUUAACCGAGUUGUUUCACUCAUAUUUUCCUUACGAACAUAAAAUAGGGGAGAUACAAGAAGUUCUAGCGACUGAAAUAUCUCACGAUAAAAAAUAUUACGUGGCGCAUAAUAAAUUCUACGAACAAGUUUUGAUACCGUUAAAAGAGGAAUAUUUGGGGAAAAUGGUGAAAAUUCGGGUGGUGAAAGCUUCGAAGUUUUCUAUGAUCGGGGAACCAAUCGACGAUGUCGUUAUGCCCGGUUUGAGGGAACCCUUGGAGAAGGGGAUAGUGUCGGGGGUUGGUUUGGAAGAGGGCGUCGAUGAUAAAUGGUUGUACGGACUAAUAGUCCUGUUGGCGUCGGUUUUAUUGAGGAUUUUAUGGAAUUAUGCUUAUUUAUAGGACUUUUUGUAAAUAAAACGAUAAUAAAUGUAUUUAUCUAUU